AUGGACACGACAGUGGAUGUCAAAUCGAUUGGGAAGCUCAUCCAUGCUGGAUGCAAGCAUCACCAUUGUCGAAAGCACGCGAAUGACUUGAUAUCUGAGUCCGUACAAACACCAACCGCUGCACCGAAGGUUGGAGAGGAAUGGCCUCCCGAGUUCUUGCACUGUGGGAUAUGGCCACCACUGCAGCAGGCGUCUGAGUCCGAAUCUGAGAUCAACGCACCCGUCAGACCCAAAGUCAAGGCAAUGAAGCAGAAAGCGCACGUCAAAGUCUAUCCGGACAACAUACCAGACAUCGACGGGGGCGGCAGUGACAGUGAGUCUGGAUCAGAUGAUUCAGACGACGAUGAGGAUGAUGACAAGGUUGCCACUCCUGCAGAGCCAUUGACCGUGGAUUCGACGGAGCUCUCAGACGCGAUAGACACGUUGAAAAUCACCACCAACGGUGCAGACAAAGAAGGGGAUCAAAAUGGGAACGAGAAGAGAAUGACCAACGUCAUCCACGCUCUAGCUAAAGCUCCAUACUCGGUGCUCAAGCUCGUCGCCAGGCACGGCAACAGCGAUGGAAGUCCACGGAGAGGAUACGAUUCGAGCAAAUCACCGCGCAACAGGCUUUUCGACCAAGAGGUCGUCGCCGAGGCCCAGGCCCGUGUGGAGAUCGCCGACUAUCUGGACAGCUUGAUUGACCACGGCGACUACGAGGAAGGUUACGGUUGUGUGUGGCCGCUCGAAGAGUACCGUCGGUCCGGAUGGGCCAAGGAGAUGGUCGCCGCGUACCCGGUGGAGAGUGCCGAGUUUACACGCGACUCCUCGGCCACGUACAUCCACCUGCAUGCGUCGCGGCUCGCAGACGUGUUUGAAGAGUUCUGCCGGCCGCCGGCGUCGACCGUGUUCGCCCCGUCCACGGUGGCAGGAGCAGCAGCAGCAGCAGCGGGAGCGUCGAACCAGGGUGCUGCGGGUGCGGGUGCGGCGGGACAAGCCACCGGCAUUGGCGGCGGACUAGCACAAGGCCUCAUCAACGCCCACCACCACGCACAGCCCACGUACGGCACCCUCGCGGACGGCAGCGGCAUGACCGCCCUGCCAGGCCAUUACCUGCCCUUCGAGGAGAUCACGCUCCCACCGCACCUCAUGCCCGUCAACCCCGAGGACGAGGACGACGUGGUGCCCGACAUGCACGCCGCCUUUGGCAUCAACCGCGCCCUGAACCAGAACCAGUCCUUUGGCGUCAUCGUGCCCGGGUCGGCGGCCGCGGCCGUCGCGGCGGCGGGGGGCGGCGUCGGUGGUGGUGGUGCAGCAGGAGGAGGAGCACUGGGCACAGAUGGAGCGACUGGUGAAGCCAGCCAGGCGGGUGCAGCGAGGGAGCCGGUGUGGAGAGAUCUAGGAUUGGAUGCGUUGGUGGCUGAGGCGCCGCGGAAUGCGGUGUCUACAGUUGGUGGGCCGGGGGCUGGACGCAGGAGAGAAGGGAGAAGGACCGGGCUAUUGCUUCUACGGUGA